UGAAUAUAUUAUACCGAAUUACCGACUAUAUUAAUAAGACCUUCACAUCAUAAACAUAAAAAUUUAUCCUCGUUCUAGCUACCCUGAAACUUUUUCCUCUCACAAAAUGGCUGAGGUUCAAGACACACACAUGAAACAGGGCAUCAAGCUCUUUGGAGCAACAAUAAUUACAGUUGAUGAAGAGAAGAAACCAAACGGCAAAGAUGAUGAAGCUAAAAGACUUGCAGUAGAACAACACAAGAGGCCCGACAAGGUGAUUCCCUGCCCUAGAUGCAACAGCAUGGAGACCAAGUUCUGUUACUUCAACAACUACAACGUUAACCAGCCCAGGCACUUCUGCAAAGGUUGCCAGAGGUACUGGACCGCCGGUGGAGCUCUCCGGAACGUCCCCGUCGGGGCCGGUCGCCGGAAAAACAAACCCCCGUGUCCUGUGAUUAAUGGGUUGUCGGAGGCCUGCUUGUAUGAUGCCUCCGGGCUUCUUCGCCAUAUUGAUUUCGAUGGGACGACGACGAUGACGGUGGACGAGUGGCGCACAGCGGAGCAAGGCGGCUUCCAUCUUCUCUCCGGGAAGAGAAGCAAGAUCUCCGCUACUCAUUAAUAGCCCAUCCUUGUUAAUUCCCCCAUUUCUACUGUAGCUCAUUAAAUUUUACUCCACUGUUAUUAGUUGUAAUAAUAUCUAUAUACAUUAAAGUUUAGAGGUAAAGUUAAAAAAACAAUACUUUGUAUAAAAUAAAGGAAAAUUUCACCUAUUUUUGUUUUUUUUGUGACCCCAAGGGGUCGGGGGAGGAGGCUAGGGGCCCGAGGUAAACUGAGAUCAAAUUAAAGCCACUCCAUUGAGUAUUGAACCCGAGACUUCUCAUAAGGGUGACUGAGUUGACUACCAGCUGAGCAUGACCGCUUCUUCGCAAAUUUCACAAAAAAUAAAUAUAUGGCCGUAUUUGUAAUCGUAGUGUUUCAAUUUUGUUUCUAAGGAUAUGGUCCAUUGCAUGUACUUUAUUCUCUGCUGCUAAGAUAAACAAUUCAAUCAAGAAUGUAAUGUGAGAAUCUGUAGAUUGCCAUAUACAGGAGUAUAUUGUAGUUUCUUUGAAAUGAAGUUAAUUCUGUGUAUUACAAAAAACAAUGACAUUGGUACAUAUUUGUCUUGAAUUGACACGCAUUUUGUCAAUA